UGCAGAAAAAAUGGUAACAGUUUCAAUGGGAAUUGUAUCACCAAUUCUCUGUUCUCCAUCAAUCUCCUUAUAUGUCUAUGCUUCUUCUCUUACACUCUCAUGCAAGGCUAAGACCAUUCAUCAAUUCACAAAAUCUUCUGUUUACUCCAAAUCAUUAGAGGAAGCCAUGGGGAGUACAUCACAGUUGGUGCCAUUGCCGUUGUUGGCGAAUGACAAAUACACAGCAAGCACCAUUCCUUGGAGGUUCCCUUCCGACGAUCCACACAUUCCCACUGCCACCGAGCUAUCUUGGAUUAAUCUCCUCCACAAUACUAUCCCCACCUUCAAGAAGCAUGCUGAGAGUGAUGCUUCUGUUCCUGAUGCUGCAGAUAAAGCUGAAACUUUUGCUCAAAGGUAUGCUAGAAUACUUGAAGAUUUCAAGAAAGAUCCUGCAGGUCAAGGCGAGCCUCUGGAUAUCUUUCUUCUAUGCAGACUUCGUGAGCAAGUCCUCAGGGAACUCGGAUUCUCAGAUAUCUUCAAGAAAAUAAAGGAUGUAGAGAAUACAAAUGCCAUGUCCCUAUUUGAAAAUGUUGUUCGUCUUAAUGAUGCCAUUGAAGAUGAAGAGAAACGCCUAGAAAAUUUAGUUAGAGGAAUUUUUGCAGGGAAUAUAUUUGAUCUUGGUGCAACACAGCUUGCGGAGGCUUUCUCCAAGGAUGGAGUGUCUUUUUUGUCUACAUGUCAAAAUCUUGUCCCUCGACCUUGGAUUAUUGAUGACCUUGAGACUUUCAAAGUGAACUGGAGCAAGAAGUCCUGGAAGAAGGUGAUCAUAUUUGUUGAUAAUUCAGGUGCUGAUAUCAUUUUGGGUAUUCUGCCAUUUGCCAGGGAGCUCCUUCGUCGUGGGAGUCAGGUUAUAUUGGCUGCUAAUGAGUUACCUUCCCUCAAUGAUGUGACUUACUCUGAGCUAACUGAAAUUAUAUCAAGGUUAAAGGAUGAAGAAGGGUGUCUCAUGGGUGUCUCUACUUCAAAUCUUUUAAUUGCCAAUUCUGGGAAUGAACUACCUAUUAUUGACCUUACAAGGGUGUCACAGGAACUAGCAUACCUCACCAACGAUGUAGAUCUUGUUAUCUUAGAAGGGAUGGUAGGCUCUUCCUUCAUUAUAUAUACUUUCUGUUUUGGGUUCUUAGUUUCUUCAAUUCUUGCUCCAAUUUUGAUUCUCUUGACAGGGUCGUGGAAUAGAAACAAAUCUCUAUGCUCAGUUUAAAUGUGAUUCCCUCAAGAUUGCUAUGGUCAAACACACGGAGGUUGCAGAAUUUCUUGGGUCACGUUUAUAUGAUUGCGUGAUCAAAUAUGAUGCAGUUUAGACUUUAAAUGAAGAGUGGUUAUUUAUUCGAUUAAAUAGCUAAUCAGUGCUACAUUUGCAAUUGGUCGGUGCUUAUUGACUUUGGGCAUUCAGGUUAGGGGAGAUUUAAUAUUAUUUUCAACCUAAAAUUUUAAGGUUGGUAAGUCUUUAUCAUUUUUAUAUUUUACUUAACUUUCAUUUUGAUGACAUGUGAAACUUUUGUCUUACACAUGAACUCCAAAAAUCGAUUCAAUUAUAAACACAUUCAAUGAUUCAACUA